GCCUGCCCCUAUUUAAAUUCCGGGGCUCGGGUGACACCGUUGCGGUGAAGGGCCCGGAAGCUUCCCCGCGAAAUGGGAGCCGCCGAGGCCUCUGCGUUUUGAGGGACUCCGGCUGCCGCGAGGAGUUUGGUCUGGGGGCUCGGCGGCCGCGGUUCCCGGCACCACCCACUUCGCUGAGACCGGGCCGGGUUCGCCUGGUCGGAGUCCGCCUCCUGGGCGGAGCUGGGGCGAGCGUGUGUGUGGACACGUGUGUGUGUGUGUGUGUGUGUGUGUGUGUGCGCGCGCGCGGACACGUAAGUGCGCGGACGGUCGCGGGGGUGUCAGGAACUGGGACGUUCGGGGGCAGGUGGCACUUUGAGUCAUUUAUGAACGUGUGGAGUGGGCACACCGGGAUAACUGACGGAGAAGGGCAUGUGUAACCUGAAACAGACCGACCCGGAGCUGCAGUAGAGCCCGCACCUAAACGCAACUGUGGUUUGAUUCGGGAUCUGCAGGGUGAGGUGGAACCAAUCUGGCUUAAGUAACUGAUGCCAAGUGUGUUACCCGUGACUACAUGACUUUCUGAACGACGAGAACAAUGUUAUGUUGGGGGUAUUGGUCUCUGGGCCAACCUGGGAUCAGCCCUAACCUGCAGGGCAUUGUGGCGGAGCCACAGGUGUGUGGCUUUAUAUCCGACAGAAGCGUCAAGGAAGUGGCCUGUGGAGGAAACCACUCCGUGUUCCUGCUGGAGGAUGGCGAAGUUUACACGUGCGGUGUGAACACCAAGGGGCAGCUGGGCCACGAGAGGGAAGGGAACAAGCCGGAGCAAAUUGGAGCUUUGGCAGAUCAGCACAUUGUCCAUGUGGCAUGUGGCGAGUCCCACAGUCUGGCCCUCAGUGACCAGGGCCAGCUCUUUUCCUGGGGUGCGGGUAGUGAUGGGCAGCUGGGACUCAUGACUACUGAGGAUUCUGUGGCAGUACCCAGGUUAAUACAAAAGCUGAACCAGCAGACGAUAUUACAAGUUUCCUGUGGCAACUGGCAUUGCUUGGCCCUUGCAGCUGAUGGCCAGUUCUUCACGUGGGGGAGAAACAGCCAUGGGCAGUUGGGCCUGGGGAAGGAGUUCCCUUCCCAAGCCAGUCCACAGAGGGUGAGGUCCCUGGAGGGGAUCCCGCUGGCGCAGGUGGCCGCAGGAGGGGCCCACAGCUUUGCCCUGUCACUCUCAGGAGCUGUAUUUGGCUGGGGGAUGAAUAAUGCAGGGCAGCUCGGGCUCAGUGAUGAGAAAGAUCGAGAGUCUCCUUGCCAUGUGAAGCUCCUGCGAACACAGAAAGUCGUCUAUAUCAGUUGUGGAGAAGAACAUACAGCAGUUCUUACAAAAAGUGGAGGUGUGUUUACCUUUGGUGCUGGUUCCUGUGGGCAACUUGGACAUGAUUCCAUGAAUGAUGAGGUCAAUCCAAGAAGAGUUCUGGAGCUGAUGGGCAGUGAAGUCACUCAAAUUGCUUGUGGCAGACAACACACCCUAGCCUUUGUGCCUUCUUCUGGACUCAUCUAUGCAUUUGGUUGUGGAGCCAGAGGUCAACUAGGAACUGGACACACUUGUAACGUCAAGUGCCCUUCUCCUGUGAAAGGUUACUGGGCUGCCCACAGUGGCCAGCUUUCAGCCAGAGCUGAUCGCUUUAAAUAUCAUAUUGUUAAGCAGAUCUUCUCUGGAGGAGACCAGACUUUUGUACUUUGCUCCAAAUAUGAGAAUUCUUCGCCUGCUGUUGACUUCAGGACGAUGAACCAAGCACAUUACACCAGUUUAAUAAAUGAUGAAACCAUAGCAGUUUGGAGACAAAAGCUCUCAGAACACAAUAAUGCAAAUACAAUCAAUGGUGUUGUUCAGAUAUUAUCUUCUGCAGCCUGUUGGAAUGGAAGUUUUCUUGAGAAAAAAAUUGAUGAGCAUUUUAAAACAAGUCCCAAAAUCCCUGGAAUUGAUCUGAACUCAACUAGAGUGUUAUUUGAGAAGUUGAUGAACUCUCAGCACUCCAUGAUUCUAGAACAGAUCUUAAAUAGCUUUGAAAGUUGCCUGAUUCCUCAGUUAUCGAGUUCACCACCAGAUGUUGAAGCGAUGAGAAUCUACUUAAUACUCCCAGAGUUUCCCCUGCUCCAGGAUUCCAAGUAUUACAUAACGUUGACUAUCCCCCUGGCUAUGGCCAUUUUGCGGCUGGAUACAAACCCCAGCAAAGUCUUAGAUAACUGGUGGUCUCAGGUAUGCCCAAAAUACUUCACGAAACUGGUAAACCUCUAUAAAGGUGCAGUCGUUUAUCUGCUGAGAGGAAGAAAGACAUUCUUAAUCCCUGUACUGUUUAACAAUUAUAUUACAGCAGCUCUCAAGCUCUUGGAGAAGUUAUACAAGGUGAAUCUUAAAGUGAAACAUGUGGAAUAUGAUACAUUUUACAUUCCUGAGAUUUCCAGUCUAGUGGACAUUCAGGAAGACUACCUCAUGUGGUUCUUGCAUCAAGCAGGCAUGAGCCAGCACCUCAGUCCUCCCCUGCGGUGGGGGUCUUCUGGACCACCACCUCUCUUGCCUUGGCUCUGGUUCCCAACAGUAAUUUCUUUCCAGCCAUCGUACCCUGCUGAAAGCAUGAUAACCCUGCCCUCCAGAAGGGAGAUCAGCCUAACCUCCAAAACUGGGCCUUUUCAGAAGGCUCGACCAUCUAUAAUGCAGGAUGCUGUAACGCUUUGUUCCUACCCUUUUAUCUUUGAUGCCCAAGCCAAGACCAAAAUGUUGCAAACUGAUGCUGAACUGCAGAUGCAGGUGGCGGUCAACGGGGCCAAUCUGCAGAACGUCUUCAUGCUGCUCACCUUGGAGCCUCUGCUGGCCAGAAGCCCCUUCCUGGUCCUUCACGUUCGCAGGAGCAACCUUGUUGGAGAUGCCCUAAGAGAGCUGAGCAUUCAUUCUGAUAUUGAUUUGAAAAAGCCUCUCAAAGUCAUUUUUGAUGGUGAAGAAGCAGUGGAUGCAGGUGGUGUCACAAAAGAGUUCUUUCUUUUACUGUUAAAAGAAUUGUUGAAUCCCAUCUAUGGAAUGUUUACCUACUACCAGGAUUCAAAUCUCUUGUGGUUUUCAGAUACGUGUUUCGUAGAGCACAACUGGUUUCACUUGAUUGGUAUAACUUGCGGACUUGCCAUCUACAACUCCACUGUGGUGGACCUGCAUUUCCCACUGGCUCUCUAUAAGAAGCUACUGAACGUGAAGCCUGGCCUGGAAGACUUGAAAGAGUUGUCACCCACAGAAGGAAGGAGUCUUCAAGAACUGUUAGAUUACCCUGGGGAAGAUAUUGAGGAGACUUUCUGUCUCAACUUCACGAUUUGUCGAGAAAGCUAUGGUGUGAUUGAACAGAAGCAGCUGAUACCAGGAGGAGAGACAGUGACUGUGUGCAAGGAGAACAGGCAGGAAUUUGUGGACGCUUAUGUGAAUUAUGUCUUCCAAAUCUCAGUUCAUGAGUGGUACACAGCUUUCUCCAGCGGCUUCCUAAAGGUGUGUGGUGGCAAGGUGCUAGAGCUCUUCCAGCCUUCAGAACUGAGGGCCAUGAUGGUGGGGAACAGCAGCUACAACUGGGAGGAGCUGGAAGAGACUGCCAUUUACAAGGGUGAUUACUCAGCCACACAUCCCACCGUGAAACUAUUCUGGGAAACAUUUCAUGAGUUCCCAUUGGAAAAGAAGAAGAAGUUUCUGUUGUUCCUGACGGGCAGUGAUCGCAUUCCCAUCUAUGGCAUGGCCAGCCUGCAGAUCGUCAUCCAGUCCACAGCCAGCGGAGAGGAGUACCUGCCUGUGGCCCACACUUGCUACAACCUUCUUGACCUCCCUAAGUACAGCAGCAAAGAGGUCCUGCGGGCGCGGCUCACUCAGGCCCUCGACAACUACGAAGGGUUCAGUUUGGCCUGAGAACCCCAGCUUGCCCUAGAUUUCCCUUCCUUCCUCAACAGCCACAGUGAGGCCCAUACAAAAAAUCAUAGGGAGUGAGUUCUAUUUUUUUUACUGUAUAGCAGGUUGGAACUUUUGAAUCCCGAACCUGAACCAAACUCCCCAGUGUUCCUUGCACUUGUGACUAUGUUGCACUCUACUGGAUAAAGGGCAGUAGAUUUUUAAAUUAUUUCCCAAAUCUUCCAGCCCUGAUCUUUCCUCCUAACACUUCCUUGUCCUUCUUCUGACUUCUCAUUCCUCUGCAAGAAUGAUUUGACUGACCCAUCCUUUCUCUCCUGCACAUGUAGAACAUCUUUCUCUGCAGCCUUGGAAAUGCUCCUGGCUUGUUGCAGCCCAACCCUCAGGACUAAGGAGGAAAGGACUACUUCAGAAAUUCCCAAGCCCAACAAGCUGAGUGUGGGUCCAUGACUUUGGCAGAACUCUUGAGAAUUUAUGGGAGCCUUUAACAAACAUGCCUUCUUGUUUUGUUUUGUUUUUUUAAAGUUCUCGAGGGCCUAGCUGCCUUCCUGUGGCUCUGCCUGUUCCUGGCCCUCCUCAAGGCUGUGCAAAGCUGCUUAGCUUUGUAGCUGAGCCGAACUUUGUCUGGUUGCUCCGCCAAGCCCUUCUGACAAAAAGAUGAGGUAACAGGUCCCCACCCUCUUCCAUCAUUUUGCUUUUGGAGCAAGUUGCAUUAAUUUUUUAAGGAGUAUUUUCUCUUAGAAAAGUAGAAAAAAUAAAUUUCUUGCCUCUUUCUAUAACUCUUACUUUUCAUCUCCACCACUUUCUUUCCUCCCCACCUGCUACUUUUCAUCACUUUCUGUUACCUAACUUAAUGCUCCCUUCCUUUCCUUCUAGUAGAUGCAUGCAGUCUAUUUUAGUUUUUAUUUAUAUUUAAAUUGCAAAUAUUUCUAUUCAGAUUUUUUCCCCCCUCUUCCCUAAUUGCUAAGACUUAAGGAUAUUCUUUAUUAUGGGACUUUUGUUUAAUGCAUUUGAAAUGUUUGUUUACAAUGGGAUUUUAGGGAUUGUGUUUGAAGCAAAUAUAUGUAUUUAAAAAAUCACAACACGCUGAACCUUCUUCAUGAGAUAAGAAAAUUCUAUAUGAGCAAAGAAUCCAUGUCAGCCUAACUUUAAAUUACUAGUCACUAGAGAAGAGACUUAUUUAUAUAAAAUGAAGUAUUUAUGAACCAUGAGACAGCAUCAAAUCUCAAUGAAGGACUGUAGAUUUUUGCUUUUUCUUUUUAAAACUUAUUCCAAUUGGUAGUUUUUCAGUCUUUAUAAUACAGGAUUUAAAAAAAGAUAUACAGUUAUACGAAAUGUUUAUUUUCUAUGUGUGUGCAUAUAGUUCAAUAUUAUGCAAUAAAUUUGGUGUUUUAAUGUAA